UAAAAUUGGUGAGCCAGAUUCUGAGAUGUCAUCUAACUUGACAAACGAAUACAAAGUCAAGAAGCAAACACCUAGCAGGGCACAUGAAAGAAAACCCAAAGGACUAGCAGGAAGGGUAUCAGUAUAUACCCAAAGAAGGAACGAAGCACGGAGAAGAGCAGAAGGAGCUUUAGAGACAAUAAGGAGAGAGGGAGUUGAUAAUUGCAAAACUGCUAGUGCUGUGGUUCAUGAUUUUCUCAUGAAUAUGACAUUGCCGCUGGAGCAAGCCGUCGUUACAAUUAGAGGCCAGGUAGCUAACAGAGAGCAUAUUCUUUGUCUAUUGCCUUGUAUGGGUGUCGAAGCUGAGAUUGUUAACUGUUACUCUGCAUUGCUCACGGCACGUGCAAGGAGAAAUUCUGGGAAUGCAUCAUAUCGCGUGUGGUACAUGCCGAGUUGGUCAGCGGAAAUGGUGACAAAAAAUGAGAUGACACUAGAUGAGCUGUAUAUCUAUUACCUAACUGAGAACAAAUUUGGUGGCUUGAUUAUGGAGUGUGAGAAGAUUUGUAUACCACUGAAUUGGGAUGGAAAACACUGGUAUUUGGCAGUCAUUUACAUGAAAGAGAAUAAGGUUAUGAUAUUCGACCCAUUCCCUGAUGAAGAUUUCAAUGAAUUGCGGUUGAUGAAUGCAAAGGUGGUGUGUUCAAAAAUUAGUGGUGCACUAUAUACGGGAUAUGGGGAAAAUUUCAGUUAUGACUUCAACGACUUUGAAUACUUGAGUCCCAGUUGGUGCCCAAGGCAAAUCAACAAGUGGGACUCUGCUAUGUUCGUGAUGAAAUACAUGGAAGUAUGCGAUGAAAUGGAGGAUGUGAUCAAAAUUGAGAUAAUAUCCAAUCAAGCUAGGAGAAGCCGAGCAAUUGAACUAUUUGUGGAUGCAUCCAACGAAGCCAGACAAACCUGUGUUGAUGAAUUUGAAGGCCUUCAAGAGAUAUUCCAACCAGUGCAUCCCAACUAGCUUCAAGAGAAUUUUUGUGAAGUUCAAUUGGUUGGGAGUCAUCUCCUUCUUUGAAUAGGACUGCUAGUGGGAGUUGAAUUCAUGAGAUUACUGUGCUUCUGUAAGGUUGAUGGUUUCCUGAGAGAUAUAAUAUUGUGGCAUUGAUGCUACUUCUUCUGUCUUUGCUGUAUCAUCUGUACUGAGCGAUGAUUUUCUAAGUUCUGUGUGUUUUGAGCUUUUCUUUUGUACCUAUCACCAACCAAGUGGUGAAUUUAUUGUCAGCGUAGCAGUGGCAUUAAAAUUCUUGACCUGGUUUUGUAUGUUUAGUUCUUUUGUCAAUUGGUUGCGCUUUCUGCUUUUUGUGGAAGAUGUUAUACUGUCUAUUUGAUGAAGCAGAGUCAG